GUGGAGGGCACACCUGACCUUUGCAAACUUGCUGCCCAGCAGCUGGGUGCCCUUCCAGAACGGCAGGGUGAGGGCUGCUGGGGUCCUCUGGGAAGCGGGAUAGCAGCCAAGCGUCUCACUGGGACCCCCCUCAUCACGCUGUGACCUUCAGGCCAUAGAAUGCCCAGGGCCGCGCUGUCCUGAGCGGUCCUGAUCCAGACGCCUGCCCGUCCCGCACACGCCUCGCCGCCGCCAGCGCGCCCGCCAUGGAGUCCAGAGGGAGGUCGGCCAACAGCCCCAAGGCCGACGCCAAGGCUGCCACUGAGGCCAGGGCGCCCCCGGCUGUGGAUGGGAAAGUGCCCUCAGCCAAGAAGCAGGAGGCCCAAAAAGCAGAGAAGCAGGAGCCCCCGGCGGCCCCCACCCUGCCACCUGCCAAGAAGACCUCGGCCCUUCUCGACAACCACAGCAACCUGAAGCCGGCGCCCGCAGCCCCCAGCAGCCCAGAUGCGGCCCCUGAGCCCAAGGGCCCUGGGGAUGGGGCUGAGGAGGCCGGGGCCCCCAGCGGGGGCCCAGGGGGCCGAGGCCCCUGCCCUUUUGAGAACUUGAACCCCUUGCUUGUGGCCGGGGGCAUAGCCAUGGCGGCUGCAGCCCUGGUUCUCGGUGUGGUUUUCCUGGCCCGAAAAAAAUGAUGGCUGGCGCCCAGGUAGGGCGCAGCAGCUGCUUCAUGUACAGACCUCGGGAACCUCGUGCAUGCCAAGUUCACACCCAGCUAGCUACACACGCGUAGUAUCUAUACUUGUACACACCCACACACACAGAGGGAAAGCGAGGGACAGGCCCCCAGAGCCCUGGAGAUCAAGCCCCUGGGUCGGUCCCAGUACCUCCCCCUCCGAACCUCGGGGCAGAAGGAACCCCGGCUCGGAGGUUACUGAGCAGCACGGGCGGAGGCUCAGCCUGGCCGAGGAAGGAGUGGAUACAAGUGCCAGGCUGUUCCAAGAGGCUCGAGCGUGGGCCUGUGGGCUCCCUCGCAGCAGCGUUCUGACGAGCCCCCAGGGUGGGAGCCCUCAGGGCUGGGCAAGGGUCUGGGGACGGGUUCUGACCUGGUUCCAGCCCGCACGGGGACAUUAAAGGGAUGGCUGUCUCACUCUC